UUUCUGCACCUCCUCUGCUUCAUAAUUCACCAGUUAGGCAUUUUAUUAAUGAAGAAUAUUUUUUCGAUGAAUUGGGUAUGAGUCCUGUAAAUUCUAGAGUUAAGAAAAUCGAGUGCGUGACAUCAGAUUAUAUGAUGCCUUUCAAUAUUCCAAACGAGCCGUCGAUGGCAUUUUGUUUACGACCUGAUGUAAUGGAAUAUGACGAAUGCACCAUGUUCCCAGAAUAUGUUGUUGAACCCAUCUUUUAUUUGGCAAUAAGGAAUCUCAUAAUUGCUUUAUGGAACUUAAAUCCUUUUGAAUAUUUGACUGUUGAACAAUGCAAAUCAAAUCUAAUGUGCCGUGGACUAGCUCGUGUGUGGUACUGCCAUGAAUUGGAAAGAGUUUGGGAAUUUCUAACCGUAAAAUCAAUGAUAAAUUAUGGUUUUUUACCUCUUCCAAAUUCUCUUGUGUUGGAAUCAAAAUGUGAUGAUCUUGAUGUUAUUAUCAUAGGUGCUGGAAUAAGUGGUUUAGGCGCUGCUAGGCAACUUAAAUCAUUUGGUGCUAAUGUGAAAGUUCUCGAAGCUAAAGGCAAAAUUGGCGGACGACUUGUGGAUGACUGGUCACUUGGUGUUGCUGUCGGUUUUGGAGCUCAAUUAAUCACUGGAAUCAUCAACAACCCAGUGGUUGUAAUGUGUGAGCAGUUAGGUAUACCAUAUCGCGGAGUGACUGAUGAUUGUCCAUUAGUUGAUUCAGUGCAAGGAACAAUAGCGAAAGGAGUUCACGAUCAGUAUGUAGACGAACAUUUCAAUUGUCUAUUAGAUGUACUGGCUGACUGGAAAAUUAAAGUUAAGGGUCAUGAUCUAAGCUUAUACGAUCAACUAAUGAAACAUCAUUUCACUUUCUUAAGGGAAUGUUCGCUUAACUGGACAGAAGCAGAAGAGCGGAUGUUUCAGUGGCAAAUUGGUAAUGUGGAAUUCUCAUGUGGUGCUGAAUUGAAGGAGGUAUCAGCACGUAACUGGGACCAAAAUGAAGCAGUUGCACAGUUUGCUGGUGUGCAUGCUUUGUUAACUGAUGGAUGCUCAGAAUUAAUGCGUAAAUUUGCCGAAAGCAUCGAUGUACGUUGCAAUCAUAAGGUGGAUUUGAUUGAAUGGAAAGGAAGAAAAAAGAUUUUAGUAAAAUGCGCGAAUGGUAAACGAUAUUUUUCUGACAAGGUUUUAAUAACAGUGCCAUUAGCAGUGCUUCAAAAAAACGGUAUUAAUUUUGUACCUGAAUUGCCCAACAAGAAAAAACUUGCUCUCGAUCGUCUGGGAGCAGGUUUAAUUGAAAAAGUAUUUUUUUUUGGAAUAUUUUAUUUAAGAAUGAUCUUGAAACUUAAUUUAAUUUAUCAAAUUUAA